GUUAUGGGGAAAGGUGAAGUGUGUAGAGGUCCAACUGUCUCCUGAAGGACUAAUAAGGAAACAUGGCAGUAUGAUUUGAGAGAUCAUUGGUGACUAAGUGAGAGGCAGUCAGACCCUUCCUGAGGAAGGAGGGAGAUGUUGGCAGAUGUUAAGAUGGCACGUAGUGAAGUGAAGGACAGGGAAGCAAGUAAGGAAACACCUUCUUCUACAAAAGCAUCAAAAGGCAUUCAAAGGAAACAUCUGAAAUGCUGAAUGUCGUCUUUUUGAGGCUCUUCAAGGAUUUUAUAAUCUGACACAACAUAGAGCUAUGAUAGCAACCGGAGGAGUCAUAACAGGACUGGCUGCCUUGAAAAGGCAAGACUCUGCCAGAUCUCAGCAGCAUGUAAAUCUUGCCGCAGCACCAGCAUGUGAGGAGAAGAAACCAGUCAGACGCCGACCCAGGACAGAUGUAGUCAUUGUCAGGGGCAAAAUUCGACUUUAUUCUCCAUCAGGAUUCUUCCUUGUUUUGGGAGUGCUUAUUGCAUUCUUGGGAAUUGCAAUGGCCGUCCUUGGAUACUGGCCCCAAAAGGAACAGCUUUUGGCAUCUGAAGAUAGUGUAUCAGUUAAUGAAACCCAGCUCCUAAGAAACCAAGGAAGCAUUUUACUUCGUUUCUUUGAGCAGCAUGUGCACUCAGAUAAGAUGAAAAUGUUGGGCCCUUUUACCAUGGGUAUUGGAAUCUUCAUUUUUAUUUGUGCAAAUGCCAUUCUCCAUGAAAACCGCGACAAGGAAACAAAAAUCAUACACAUGAGAGACAUAUACUCCACUGUAAUAGACAUCCACACCUUGAGGAUCAAGGAACAAAAGCAGUUGAGUGGUGCCUUUGCUGGUUUGUUAGGGGAAGGAGAACUCAGGCACAGUGGGAGCUUGUGUGCAUCCCGGCUGGCCGCUAACACAAUUGCACCUUUCUCUGGCUUCAAAAGUAAUUUUAGAAUGGAUAGUUCUGCUGAAGAAGAUGAAAUUACUCUAAAUGAAGAUAGGACCACUGCUAGCCUACUACCACCUCUGCUGACUGACCAAUCUGGUUCAGUCUUUGGACUUUGCCCUCAUUCCAGCAAGGCUUCAGAUGACAAAAAUACUAGUUCUAUAAGGUGUGAAACAAAAUCCAUUGUAUCAUCUUCCAUUAGUGCUUUCACACUGCCGGUAAUUAAACUGAAUAAUUGUGUUAUUGAUGAGCCCAGUAUAGACAACAUAACUGAGGACUCUGAGAUCACAAGGAGUCGAUCCAGAAAUCUCUCGAUGGACUCUUUGGCCAUUCCAUUAACUGAUACCAAUGAAUCCUGCAAGCCGGCCAUGCUACCACGACAUAAUUCAUUUGUGGACACUCAACAUGAUCAGUUCAAGUCUUCUGUGAUCCUUGGGCCAAGCACAGGAAAGCUUUUAUCCCCUGGUGCUGCCAGGAAACAGUUUGGUUCCAACACAUCUUUGCAUCUUCUGUCUUCACAUUCAAAGUCCCUGGAUUUGGACAGGGGUCCAUCUACACUCACUGUCCAAGCUGAACAAAGGAAACAUCCCAGCUGGCCCAGGCUGGAUCGGAGCAACAGUAAAGGAUAUAUGAAAUUAGAAAACAAGGAAGACCCAAUGGAUAGGUUACUUGUGCCACAAGCAGUGAUAAAAAAAGACUUUACCAAUAAGGAAAAGCUUCUUAUGAUAUCAAGAUCUCAUAAUAAUUUGAGUUUUGAACAUGAUGAGUUUUUGAGUAACAAUUUAAAGCGGGGAACUUCAGAAACAAGGUUUUAAUAUUUAAAUUGGAAUCUACAAGAUAUCAUACAGUAUUUAAAAAACAAAACAAAACAUUUUGACAAGUGUUUCCUUUUCGGUGAAAAUUGUACAAGCCUGUUUUUAACCCAGUGCUUAAUAGCAUAUUAAAAUUGGCUUGUGCAAACAGAUCUUCAUCUUUGUAAGGCCAAGUUUUUUGUCAUAGUACCAUACAGUUGCAAUAUUGUACAUUAUCAGUGCUCAGAGAGUUUUGGUACAACUGUUCCAAAUUUUUUCCAACUCAUUUUUCCUUCUGUUCUAUAUAGGCAUGUUAGUUUCUACCAAUUUGACUCCAAAAGCCUGCAUUAGAAUAAAAGCUCAAUUUAUUUAUAAGUUCUUUUAUUUAACAACUGCAAGACUCUAAAAAUUGUAUUCAUGUUCUAGAAUGGGAAGUGAGCCGCAGUUCAUACUGGAAUUGUUAAAUUCAGGCCUUUAUCCUGGGUGUUGUCUUUCACAUAUGGUACAUCUCAGUAACUAUAAUCUUGCCACUAUCAUUUGAGAAACUUGUUUACAUAUUGAGGUGGGUGGUUAAAGAAGAGUGAGUAUAAUUAAGAACAUUUCUGUUAAUUCAUUGUUAUUGAUCAAGUUGAAUACUAGUGUUGUGAAUUAUUUACUAUACUUUGUACAACAAUGUUUCUACAUACAUUAUAGUUUAUAUAAACCAGUAAUUCCAGAAAAAAAUAUUAAAGAAAUCUGAAAAUCCUUCUGGGGUCAGCUCUCUAAAGCACUUUGAUUGGCAACAGUUUUAAAAUCAAACUAUUUGGAUUCAUUUAAAAUCAUAGGAACAUAAUGAUUACAUGAUUUUAGAAAUGUGAUAUAUAGUGAAAUGAUAUUGUGACAUUAUUAUGAAGAGAAAAAUGGAAAGUGAAUACAUUGCCUCUCAAUAGCAAGAAGAUAAAUAACUAGAUCUCUAUGGUCAUAAUAGCUGAUACAAAGCGUACAACUCAAUAUGCCUACUAACCCAGUACGAAAGCCCCUUGCCUGAAUUUUGCUUUAGAUUUCACAUUGGCAUGGUGGAUCACUGAAAGCUUAGCUGGAGUAAUUUGCAUUACAAGAUAUUGCAAAAGUUUGUGACAUUUGGAACAAUGUUCUUCUCAUCGCAGCAAACUUCUCAAUUGGCAGUUGUAGGCUGUUUAUAAAUAAAGUGAGAAUUUGGGUGUGCAUACCAGAAAGUUUUCAUUCAUUUCAUUAAGGUAUUUAGGCUUUAAUCCUGCCAUGACUGCUGUAGUAGAGAAUGUCACUUCUGGUUGCAAGGCUCACCUAGCAGGAUGCUGGUCUUAAUUGGUCACUUCGGAUAUGUACACUUAACUUAAAUGCUCAGGAAUUAUUUUGAAAGGCUUUUCCCAAAAAGAAUCAAACCCGUAAAAAUGUUGUUGUACUUCAGUUGGUUAUGAAAGAUCAAAGAUAAAAACAUUCUUUUUUUUUUUUAAUAUUCAGCUCCGAGUUUCAACUGCGCAAUGUUUAUGUAUCAGGAGCAUUACUUGCUCAGUGAAUUGAGGCGUAGUGUUAACUAUUAGAACCUCAAGCCUAUAUAUUGUAAUAAAGUUGGCUAAAUAUUUUGCUAUGAAGCUUUUAAUAACUUUCUGGUUUGUGUUCUUAAGACAUUUGCUAUUUUUUGAAACAAAAAUAAAAUGUGUAUCUAUGUAUCUUUUCUAUGUAAGACAUUUUUUCCUCAAUAAUCUCAGUUCUUCCAUUUUGAAGUAUAAUUAGGUAUCAUAGUGCUAUAAAUAAUAUUAUGCUAAAUACAUUAGCCCACCACUAGAUAUUUGACUAUGACUGUCAGUGAUACCUCUUCAUGUGUAGAGGCUGAAUUUACUGCUCUUCUGAUAUUUAUUUUUUUAACGUAGUAUGAAAUUUAUUCAAAAUGCUUUUGAUAAAAGGAAAUUUUGUAUUACAAGAACAUCCUGUCCUUUUUAGUUUCACAAUAAGGAAGCUUAGACACUAUUAGACACUACUAUUAGACACUAAUAUUAGGCACAAAUGACGUAAACUUUUAUUUCAUGAAUAGUUAAAUUAAGUCUUAGCUUAAAAGACUAUUUGUUUUUGCUCCCUGUUGUACGUGAGAAUUGUCCUUUUUGUAGGUAUGUCAGGUAUUGGGCUUUUAAUUAUCACAUUACACUAUCUGGUACUGAAAAACUUACUUCAGAAAAAAAUUACCUGCUUGGGAAACCAAGGUGAAGUCAGUGACUUAAAUUAGCAAGAAAUUAAAAUAGCAAAUACAAAGUUGUGUGAUUGACAAACUGAUUACAGAAAGAUUCCCAAAUUACCCUAAAAUUGAACAUUUCAUUCAAGUAAUGACAUGUAGAAGUUUCAGAAAUGAUCUCGUCUACUAAAUAUUAAGUAACAUGAUAACUCUUCAAAGUAACAAUAUCCUUGUUUUGCUGGGUUUUCAGAUUCAAGACUUUAAAGAUGUGUGCCAAGUCAUUCAUAAGGCAUAAAGUCUAAGGUGCUGAGUCUGAUGAGAGGUAUAAUGUUUUUAAAACAUUUCCAGGACUCUAUUUCUGCCCAGAUACACUAACCACAAGGUUAGGCAUCAGUCUGGAAAUGAAGGGCAUUGCAUCUUUCCGUAUUCCUUGAAUGGUUCUGACUCAGUCUAGUCAGAAAAACUUGUAGACAUUCAAGAGGUGUGGUCACUAGCCUUCAUAUGUAGAGGUCAGAAACCUACACCGCUACAGGUGCAGCGGUCUGAACUCUCUGUUGCCCAAAUUUGGAUGGCAAGUAAGGACCCUGAUGAAGACAGGAAUGUGUCCUAAAUCUUGUUAUCUUUAGAGAAUAAAUAUUAUAUUCACUCUU